UGCUGCUGUCUUCACCUUCCCCACCACGCCUACGUCCUUUCAAGCCCGGCUAGCAAUGGAAAGGGGAACGCUUUUGCCUCGGACUCCAACCGGAAGUUGUUUUCCCGGUUGAGAUGCGGGGGGGCGGGGGGAGUAUCUCGAGGGGAACGUGAGUUGAACGUUGCGACUUGGUGGUGUGGCGCGCAAGCUGGAACGCGAGUUCAGACCGGCCGGGUACCAAGAAGGGGAGUGCUCGGGGAAGGGUUCAUUGAAAAAUCCUUAGUGAUAUUGACAUGUUUCAAGUGACAUAAAUUAGCCAAUGACUCGGAAUGAUGGAUUCUUCGAAGAUUGGAAAUGGUUUGCCAGUGAUUGGACAAGGGCCUGAUAUAGGGAUAUCUUCACUCCCCAUGGUGGGGUAUUUGGGAAAAAAUUAUGAUUCAGCUAAAGUUACAUCAGAUGGAUAUUGUCCUGCUUGUAGGGAGAAGGGAAAGUUAAAAGCUUUAAAGACUUACCGAAUUAGUUUUCAAGAAUCUAUCUUUUUGUGUGAGGAUCUGCAGCUGAUAGUAUUGUGGAGAAAAAUCAAGCAGUGGCCACUAGAGUGUCAGGAGGACUUUGCAGUUAUAAAUAAAGUGUGCAUCUAUCCUUUGGGCUCUAAAUCACUUAAUAAUUUAAUUUCUCCUGAUUUGGAAGAUUGUCACACUCCAAAUAAGCCUCAAAAAAGAAAGGUCUUGGAAAACAGCUAUAAAGAUUUAUCUCUUUUAGCAAAUUCCAAAAAGACUAGAACUUAUAUUGUUACUGAUGAUAAACAAAUUUUAAAUAGUGAACAAAAUGGAGACGUAUCUGAUGAAACCUCAUCAAAUUUACUACUUGGUAGUAGUCAACAUGAUUCAGUUAGGACAGCUGAAUCCUUGGGACAGAAUGAGAUUUUGGAAGCUGAUAAUGUUGAUGUGGCUACUGAAGGUCCUGCUACAGUUGAUGUCUCUCGAACUGGGGGAAUUUCUUCUCAAAAUGAAGGAUGCACAUCUGAAUUUGAAAUGCCAUGGGAGAGAACAUGUUCAUCAUUUUGCCACACUUCAUGUGUCCAGUGGAGAAAUGCUAAUGCUCUCUGCUGGUUAGAUUCUAUCCUGACAGCUUUGGUGCAUUUGGAAGCCUUGAAGAACAUUGUGACUGAUUUGUGUCCUAAGGACUCUGUAUUUUGGAGGUUGUUUGAAAAAUAUAAUCAAGCAAAUAAGCUCCUGCACACCAGUCAGUCAGAUGAAGUUAAAGGUGGAAAUUAUAAAAAACUUACUUCAGAAAUAUCUGCAGAAAUAGAGACCUGUCUGAAUGAAAUUAGAGAUGAAGUUUUUACUAAACUUCAGCCCCAGCUUAGAUGCACAUUAGGUGAAAGGGAGAGCCCUGUGUUUGCAUUUCCUCUCCUCUUAAGAACUGAAGCCCGUGUCGAAAAGCUCUUCACAUAUUCUUUUUCAUGGGAGUUUGAAUGUUCACAGUGUGGGCACCGAUACCAAAACAGGUGUGUGAAGAAUCUAGUCACCUUUACAAAUGUCAUCCCUGAGUGGCACCCACUUAAUGCUGCCCACUUUGGCCCAUGUAACAGUUGCAGCAGUAAAUCACAAAGAAGGAAAAUGGUAUUGGAAAGAAUGUCUCCCAUAUUCAUGUUGCACUUCGUAGAAGGUUUACCACGGAGUGACUUGCAGCACUAUGCAUUUCAUUUUGAAGGCUGUCUUUAUCAAAUAACAUCUGUAAUUCAGUACCAAGCAAAUGAUCAUUUCAUAACAUGGAAUUUACAUGCUGAUGGAAGUUGGCUGGAAUGUGAUGACCUAAAAGGUUUAUGUGCUCAAAGGCACGAGAAAUUGGAAGUUCCCGCUUCAGAGAUACAUAUUGUUAUCUGGGAAAGAAAAACAUCUCAAGCGACAGAUGAAGAAGCUGCCUGCCUUCCACUUAAGAAGACUAAUGAUCAGCCUGCUUCCAGUGAAGAGAAACCAGCAUCUCCAGCAUUGCAUUCUGUGGGUCAGGCUGCCUCAGCAGGAGCGACCUCGGUCAUUCUACCCACAUCUCUGACACUUGCUCCUCAUACUCUUCCACAGGACAAAGCUGUGGCUCAUGAAGAUUGCAUACUUUCAGAUCCAAAAGUUUGGGUUGACAAUAAUAUUUUACCUCUGACACUUCAAGGAACUGUCUGGAAAACUGCCUCAGUUUUUCAGGUUAGCACUGAAGCAUUCCUACCAGAAAACAUGCCUGUGGCAGAAAAUAAAGAAUUUGUCAAAACAAACACUUUGCAAUCUCAAAAAUCACCAGUGUCUUCUUCACUGUCAGCUCCGUGUAAAGAAAAGCUUAUCCAAGCCCAGUUCAUGGAUUUAAGUUUCCCAUUGCAAAUUGUAAAUACAAACACACAGUUGGUACAGCUGAGUACAGAAGAUACUGCAGUUACUCAGCCUGAGAAUAAUACUUAUGUUGCUGGUCUUAUACAGGGAAUAAAGUCAGUGGAAGUUGAAAAGGAUACUCAGUUAAAACAAUCUGUUUCAUGGAAAACUGAGAAAUUAGAACCAGAACAGCCUUCUAUAUCUCAGGUAUCUAAUUUGAAGAAAAAAGCUACAGCAGAUCCACAUUCUGUGACAGCCAGCUCAUCACAGAAUCAGCCCCUGAAAGAAAAUCAGAAGAAACCCUUUGUGGGAAGUUGGGUUAAAGGCCUGCUAAGCAGGGGUGCUUCUUUUAUGCCGUCUUGUGUUUCAGCUCAUAGUAGAAACACUGUAACUAAUUUGCAGCCUUCAGUUAAAGGGGCAAAUAAUUUUGGUGGCUUUAAAACUAAAAGUAUAAAGCAAAAGACUAGCCAUGUAUCUAAGAAAGCUUGUAGAUCUGCAGAUAAGUCUUCUGCAUUCAGCAACCCUCCACCAGGUCUUCCACUGUCAGAGAACACAGCUGCUCAUUCACAUACAAAUGAGAAUGCUGCUUCAGAACUUCUGAAGAAGCGGGAAAGCACCUCACAUGGCGCUUACCUCAAUCACCCUUCUCACAGAAGGGAAAAUGGGACUUCUUCAGCAAACCAUGGAGACUCAGCUGAAGGUCAGAUUCAUAAGCUUCGUCUAAAACUUCUUAAAAAACUAAAGGCCAAAAAGAAGAAGUUAGCUGCUCUCAUGUCUUCCCCUCAAAGUGAAACACUUCCUAGUGAAAAUUUAGAACAUGGGCCCCCUUGUGAGUCUCCAAAUGAUUGUGAAUCAAUAGAAGAUUUGUUAAAUGAACUGCAGUAUCAGAUUGAUAUUGCAGAUAGUAAGUCUGGAUGUGCCACUAUUUCUAGUAUGUCCUCAUAUAAUAAUCAAACUCAUGAAGAAAUUUUAGCAGAAUUGUUGUCUCCUACAAGUAUUUCAACAGAGUUCUCAGAAAAUGGGGAAACUGACUUUAGGUAUUUGGAAAUGGGAGACGACCAUAUCCCAGCCCCAAAACCUACUGAAUUAAUUGAUAAUUCCCAGAACAUACAACUGAAACAGGAGCAUAAUUAUUGCAGCCCCCCCAAGAGGAACCAAUGUGAAGUUCAGCCAGUCUCACAAAUAAACAAUGCCUGUGUAAGGACAUUAAACUUGGAGAGCCCCAUGAAGACUGAUAUCUUUGAUGAGUUUUUUUCUACUGCAUUAACUUCUUCAGCAAAUGACACUUUAGACUUACCUCAUUUUGAUGAAUAUCUGUUUGAGAAUUAUUGAAUACUUGUUAACUUUUUAGUUCAAUAUUUAUUAUUGCUGUUAGAAAAACUUAACUAUGUUUUCAGGUGGUGUUUAUACACUGUCCUUGUAAUAACCAUGAAUGAAAUUUAAGCUGCUGAAAGUUUACCUUUGGUUCUGCCCAUGAAGCAUGUAACCUGUUAUACAAAUGAAAAUAAUCAGGAAUUGUUUUCUCCUUAUUGAUUUCAUUUUGUGGUAAAGUACUUGUAAGGAGAAUGAGGAUUUCAGAUGUUAAAGAUGAAAAAAUGUCUAGUUUCUAACGAUUUGUACAGCUGGGUGCAUUAAAUUUCUGGAUUUUAAGUUGUGAUUAUGUUGCUCAAGAGUAACUAUAGUUUAUACCGACAGAUUGUGCUAUAAAACAUGAUUGUGUGACAGUUUU